CACGUGACCACGCCCCCUACUACGGCGGCCGGGAGUGCCCGCGCUUCCUUAGCGCCUGCGCAGCGCGGGCCGCACCGUGACUAAGAUGGAGGUCGGGGGAGCGCGGGCGCCGCCGCCGUUCUGGGCCGGGGGCCCAGCCCCGGGACAAACGUACAUCCCCGGCGGGCCCGGCCCCGUCACCGGCAUCGUGCCCUUCACCCGCACCCUGAGCCCCACGGUAACGGGCACGUCGGUGCUGGGGGUGAAGUUUGCCGGGGGGGUGAUGAUCGCGGCCGACACCAUGGGCUCCUACGGCUCCCUCGCCCGGUUCCGCGGCAUCUCCCGCCUGCUCAAGGUGAACGACACCACCAUGCUGGGCGCCUCCGGGGACUACGCCGACUUCCAGUACCUCAAACAGAUCAUUGACCAGAUGGUAAUCGACGAGGAGCUGCUGGGAGACGGUCACAGCUACAGCCCCAAAGCCAUUCACUCCUGGCUCACCCGCGUCAUGUACAACCGGCGCUCCAAGAUCAACCCGCUCUGGAACACCGUGGUCAUCGGCGGCUUCUACAACGGCGAGAGCUUUUUAGGUUACGUGGACAUGCUCGGCGUGGCGUAUGAAGCUCCGACGCUCGCCACGGGCUACGGAGCGUACCUGGCGCAGCCGCUGAUGAGGGAGGUUCUGGAGAAGAAGCCCGUCCUGACGCGGGAAGAAGCGCGAGACCUGAUCGAGCGCUGCAUGAAGAUUCUGUAUUACAGAGACGCUCGCUCGUUCAACAGGUAUGAAGUGGCCACGGCCACCGAGAAGGGGGUGGAGGUGGAGGGGCCGCUGACGCUUGAGGCCAAUUGGGAGAUCGCUCAUCUCGUCAGCGGCUUCGAGUGAUCCCCGAUGGCAAAACCGGCCGCGUUCUGUCCCGCUCGCUGUAAAUCGCUGUGGAAGCUCUUGGUCCUGCUCGGAGAGAAAAUAAACCUGUUAAGACCAAACUUUUGUUGUAUCGUGCUCUGGUAUAACUGCAAUAAAUCCACCGUCCUCCACCUUCCAAAGGCACCGGCGGAUAGAAUAAAAUGUGUCUUUAAAGGUGUUUUCUGUUCUAAAACAUGAAGUAUUUGCCAAUGAAUGGAAAAGUCAGAGGGGGCGAGGUGGGAAUUUGUUGGUUUAUGUGACGUACGUUCAUAAAUAACACUCGGAGUGGUGUUUCCUAUGGUAAAUAACAAUCAGAAUGUUCACAACCAAUUAAUGCUACAGCUCAGGGUUGACGUCCCGAGGUUCGCCAGCCCUCGGUAAUAAAAACACGUGUUUAUAAAUCCA